UGCAUACAGGUAUCAUACCAUGCCGACAGUCCUUGGGAUGGAGGGUAGCGCCAACAAAUUGGGUAUCGGUGUAGUCCGUGACGGUCAGGUUUUAUCCAAUCCCCGAGUCACCUAUAUAACUCCACCCGGUGAAGGCUUCCAACCCACCGAAACGGCCCGACAUCAUCAAACACACAUUGUUUCCUUGGUGGGUCGGGCGCUCAAAGAAGCGAAUGUAAAACCGGAGGAAUUGGACGCAAUAGCGUUCACUAAAGGUCCUGGUAUGGGUGCACCGUUGCUCGUGGUAGCUGUGGUGGCUCGCACUCUCUCUCAGUUGUGGAACAAACCGCUCGUCGGCGUGAACCACUGCAUCGCUCACAUAGAGAUGGGGCGUUUGAUCACAGGUGCCAAAUCGCCCAUAGUACUAUACGCUAGCGGCGGCAACACACAGGUAAUCGCUUUUUCAGCUGGCCGUUAUCGUAUUUUCGGCGAGACGAUUGACAUUGCGUUGGGCAAUUGCCUGGACAGAUUCGCACGUGUUGUCAACCUUUCUAACGACCCAAGCCCUGGUUACAACGUCGAGCAGAUGGCACAGCGAGGUCAGAAAUUCUUUGAUUUGCCGUACUGUGUCAAAGGGAUGGACGUCUCAUUUGCGGGUCUACUCUCUUUUCUGGAACAGCGCGCGCCCGAUUUGUUGCGAUCGGGUGAAUACACCGUGGAGGAUCUUUGUUUCAGUUUGCAAGAAACCGUAUUCGCUAUGGUGGUCGAGGUUACCGAGCGUGCAAUGGCACAUUGUGAUACCAAGGAGGUCCUCAUCGUUGGCGGUGUCGGUUGUAAUUCUCGUCUGCAGGAGAUGAUGCGCAAAAUGGCCGAGGAACGUGGGGCCACGCUGCAUGCCACCGAUGAGCGGUUUUGCAUAGACAACGGAGCAAUGAUUGCCUACACUGGCUGUCUCAUGUACCAAUGCGGAUUGACAACACCAUUGAAAGAAUCCACCGUAACACAGCGCUUUCGAACAGAUGAAGUUGAUGUGGUUUGGCGACAGUAGCCUUGUACGCUGUGCUCAGUUCAUUUUGUACAUUAUACGCACCAAUCCUGUCGUCUUUUUUCCAAUUCCUCGGUUUCCUUGGUGAUGCUUUUCUUCCUGUGUUUUCUUUUCUCGGCGAAUCUCCUGUUCUUUGUUGCCGGCCCGUAGUCCAGAGGUAACGAGCUUGUUUUGUAAUCUGACGGCGCGGGUCCGAGCUUGGGUGGGGGCAGAGCGAUCUUCGCAGUAUCCAUAGCCCACGUGCGACUGGUGGUGAUUGCGCGGCAGCGAAGCGUUCAUACUGCGUACCGACGUACUGCUGAUGCCUUCCUUUUUUCUUUUCCCCUUCCCUGUUACCGCCAUUGAUUUUCUUAUUCAUCGCGAGAAUCGCUCGGUGGCCGGAAGGAUUACACGUCUAGU